AUGCCCGGGUCCGCCACGGCAAAGGCCCGCUACCACGACGAGGGCACAAUGGGCGCCUUCCGCCGGUUCUGGCAGAGAUCCUACGCGCCAGACUGGCUCGGCGUGCUCAUGAUCGCGCUCGAGAACCUCGCCAUCACCUUCUUCGAGCCCUUCCACCGCAUGUUCAGCCUCGACAACCGCGACAUCCAAUACCCUCACGCCGAGAUCGAGCGCGUCCCCGUGCCCAUGCUGCUCACCUACAGCAUCGGCUUCCCGCUCCUCAUCAUCACCCUCUACACCCUCCUCACGCCCUCCAAGCACCUCAGCACCCCCUCCCGUCUGCACCUCCUGCAUGUCUCCCUCCUCGGCCUCUGCAUCUCCCUCAUGCUCACCACCUUCAUCACAGACCUGAUCAAGAACGGCGUCGGGCGGCCGCGGCCCGACCUCAUCGCGCGCUGCCUGCCACGCCCCGACACACCCGAGCACGAGCUCGUGACGUGGGAGGUGUGCACGCAGACGGACCACCACACGCUGCACGACGGGUUCCGGUCGUUCCCCAGCGGGCACAGCAGCUUCUCGUGGGGCGGGCUGGGGUACUUGAGCCUGUUUCUGGCGGGGCAGUUGGGCGCGUGGAGGAGGGGCGCGGCGAUGGUGAAGGUUGUGGUUGUGGGGCUGCCGGCGGUGGCGGCGGUGCUGGUGACGGUGAGUCGGACGGAGGAUUAUAGGCAUGACGUGUUUGAUGUGUGUGUGGGGAGCUUGAUUGGCAUGGGGAUGGGGUAUUUUAGCUAUCGACGGUAUUUCCCGGCCCUGACGAGCAAGCACUGCGAUGUGCCUUACAAAAGAGGCGAAGACGACGAGCACGGCGGUAAGGGCGACUCGAGGGGCGAUUUUGAGAUGCUGCCGCGGCGGGUUGACAGCCCGGACCUGGAGAUGGGUGAGCCACGGCCGAGAACAGACAAUGACGAGUGGGGGUUGAGGGGGUAG